ACCGGACCAAGGCGUAUCCCUCCGCCUGCCGACGGCGCUGCAUCAGGCCCAGACCCGGCAGCGGCGACAACCGGAGCAGCAGCAGCCGCCUCGCGCGGACGCCCCCCGGGAACUGCACACACCAUGCUGGGCUCCGGGUUCAAGGCUGAGCGCUUGCGAGUCAACUUGCGUCUCGUCAUCAAUCGCCUCAAGUUGUUGGAGAAAAAGAAAACUGAGCUCGCCCAGAAGGCACGGAAGGAAAUUGCUGACUACCUGUCUGCUGGCAAGGAUGAGCGAGCUCGCAUCCGUGUGGAGCACAUCAUCCGGGAGGACUACCUGGUGGAGGCCAUGGAGAUCCUGGAGCUGUACUGCGACCUGCUUUUGGCGCGUUUUGGCCUCAUUCACUCCAUGAAGGAGCUGGACUCUGGCCUGGCAGAAGCUGUCUCUACCCUCAUCUGGGCGGCUCCCCGACUGCAGUCAGAGGUGGCUGAGCUGAAAAUUGUUGCUGACCAGCUGUGUGCCAAGUACAGCAAGGAAUACGGCAAGCUGUGCCGGAGCAACCAGAUCGGGACCGUCAACGACAGGCUGAUGCACAAGCUGAGUGUCGAGGCCCCUCCCAAAAUUCUGGUGGAGCGGUACCUGAUAGAGAUUGCCAAGAACUAUAAUGUGCCGUACGAGCCUGAUUCCGUGGUCAUGGCUGAGGCUCCCGCAGGCGUAGAAGCAGACCUGAUCGAUGUGGGAUUCGUGGAUGACCCAAAGAAAGGUGGCCGUGGAGGCGGAGGCGGUGGCUUCGUGGCCCCCCUGGCUGGUCCUGACGCAGCCCUGCCCAUGCCCAUGCCCUCUCCAGCUCCCCCCUUCUCCUACCCACCUUCAAAGGGGCCGGAGAAUUUCAACGGGCUGCCCGUGGGCACCUACCAGCCUUUCACCAGCCUUCAUCCCCCCCAGAUUCCAGCAACUCCCCCAACAUACGAGUCGAUUGAUGACAUGGGUACUACUGACAAGACUGCGCCAUUCUCACAGGUGACAGGUCCUGGCCCAAAACCGGCACCCAGGGGCCGUCCCCUGGCUCCUGUGCCUGGUUCAGGAGAUCCCUUUGUGCUCCCAGAGCUGCCGUCUGUGCCAGACACGCUCCCCGCCGCUUCCGCAGGCGCCAGCACUUCCACCUCAGAAGACAUUGACUUCGACGACCUCUCUCGCAGGUUUGAGGAGCUGAAGAAGAAAACCUAAGAGCUCCUGGGACGAGCCUGGAUGGCUGCUUCCCCUCUUAGCAGCACGCCUGUGUGCCCUUUCCUCCUCCUCCUCCUCCUCUUGGCCUUUCUUCCUGCUGUACUUACACCAAAUGCCGCUGCUUUCCUGAUGCCCUCCUUUGUGCUCCAGGAGCGGGGACUACAGAGCCUCUUUAAGAUGGGAGCAGGAAAGCGCCCCGCUUGGCCUGGGCCGCCCUAGGAAAGCUCUGCUCUGCUCUCUGGAGGGGGAAACGGGGCAAUGUGGCUUGCGUCUCACUUGGACCAAGGUGCUGGGCAGCUUGAUGGGACAGAAGGUCGCCACCCCCGGGAGGGGGGCUGUGAAAGGGGGGCGGCCUCAGCACCCCUGCUAGCUUUGGGUGGCCUGCCACGUUCUCAGGGAGCCCUCUGGGGCCUUUUCGACGUUCCUGCAGGGAGGAGGGAUGCCGUGUCUGAGCACAGGAUGCAAGCCUGCCUGGGCGUCCCCCGGCUUGGUGGCCGUUCAGCUUGUAGCUGCCGGCGGGGAGACAGGCCCCCUCUCCUGCCUUCGAGGGAUUCUGGCUCUGCCUUAAUGCGGCCCAGACAAGGCCCUCUCUGGGGCCCACUGCAGCUCCCUCCUCACUCCCCCAGGCUGGGUUGGGGGCCAUAGCUUGCCUUGUGCAUCAUCACUCCUGGCUCUCCAGCCCCUGACCUGGCCUGCGAGGAAAGCCAUGAGCGGCAGCCUCCCAAUGGCUCUUCGUGCUGCUACUUAUGACCAGCUGUGUGCCAAGAGGCCGUCUCACAUCUCUGUAUGUAACACUUCCACAUGGCUUUUCUGGGACAAUUUGAUGGGUUUGUAGCUUCUCUAGUAAUUCUAAAUAAAGUUGAGGAAUAUUC